UCAGCUGCUUCAGUCCAGAGUUCAAUCACCGCGCGGAACUUUACUCUAUGUUUUUUUCCACUCCACUCUUUUACGCACACACGCGCCCACACGGACUGUUGCUCCUGACUUGUUUGUCUUCUUCUUCUUCACGGAGCACUGCGUAUUGUUUUUCUGUCCUCCUCCUCGUCUGGAGCCGUUUUGGAUUUUACGCACUGAUCCUCCACGGACCUGCGGCUCCGGCGCCCUCCGCCCGCAGCCAUGUCGCGCUUGUUGCUGUCGUCUCUCCUGCUGUUUGUGUCCUCGCAGACGGCGCUCUCCUCCGGGGUCUUCGAGUUGAAGAUCGACUCCUUCACCAGCUCCCGCAGCGUCUGUCGCCCGGAGUCCCGGGUCUGCCAGGUCUUUUUCCGUGUGUGCCUGAAGCAUUCACAGGACGUCAUCAACCCGGAGCCUCCGUGCACGUACGGCACCGCUCUCACCGACAUCCUGGACACAGACUCCAACGCCAUCUCCGAGAGCGCGCCCAUCAGGGUGCCUUUUCUCUUCAAGUGGCCGGGAACCUUCUCUCUCAUCAUUGAAGCCUGGAACGCGGAGUCUUCAGGCCUCGAGUCCACAGAGAACCAGAACAACCUUAUCAGCCGCCUGGCGACACGCCGCCGGCUCACAGUCGGAGAGGAAUGGUCUCAGGACGUUCACUUCGGCAACCAGAGCGAGCUGCGAUACUCCUACCACGUGGUGUGCAACGAGUUCUACCACGGCGAGGCCUGUUCCGCCUACUGCCGGCCCCGCAACGACACGUUCGGCCACUACACGUGUGACGAUAGGGGGGGCCGCCGCUGCCUGGAGGGCUGGAGCGGCGAGUACUGUACUUUCCGUGAGUAUAGCUGAACUUUGACCUUGCUGUGUGUGAAUGUGUUGUUUGU